GCCAGCGUCGCUAGGGGGAUCUCGCCCCUACUGUCAAACCGGCCGAUCAGAUGACGUAACAACUGCGAAGAACAACUAUGAGAGACGUUUCAAUAAAACGUUAGAGAUAGGCAUUUCAGGCCGCCAUUGCUAAGAUUAUUAUUUUUUUUUAAAGAAGCUUGUGAUUGGCUGUCUCUUCAUGUUAUUAUUUCAUUGGCCCCGGUCUUCGGUGGCGGGUAGGUGAAACCACUGAGACAAAAUGGCUUCGCCGGUCUGGCAAUAUUACAAUGUGUCGGAGAAAGAUAAGAAAUUUGCAGUUUGCAAAGUCUGCUCAAAAGUAGUUCCCCGUGGAGGAACGCGUCAAAAGGAUUUCAACACAACGAACCUCAUACGGCAUUUGAAGGCUUGUCACAGCAAGGAAUUUGAGGAGUUUACGAGUUGGCGAGUGCUAAGGCAAAGAAAGUCAACGAGCGUGCAACCUCUUCCCAAACGCCACUCACUCAGCUGACCGUAACAGAGACAUUGAAAUGCCAGCAACCAUACAGCAACGACAACAAGAGACGAACGGAAUUAAAUGCAAAGGUAAUGCAAUUCAUAUGCCUAGAUCAGCAGCCGCUGUCUGUUGUGGAAGACGCCGGGUUCAAACGCCUUGUAUCCUGCUUGGAUCCACGCUAUACGCUGCCGAGCCGAAAAUACCUAACUGAUGUUUGUCUGCCGGAAUUGUACCAACAUGUCUACACGCACAUCGAGAGCCUUAUGAAGGACAACAUCAGGGCAAUUAGCUUCACGAGUGACAUCUGGAGUUCGAGUGUCUGUCCGAUGUCUAUGCUAAGCCUAACUGCGCAGUUUAUUAAUGAACACUUCGAGCUGACCAAAGUGGUGCUUCACUCGCAAGAGUUUCCCGGAUCGCACACCGCGGAGGCUCUUGCUGCAGCUUUCACAAACAUGUUCCAAGCAUGGGGAAUCCCACAGGAAAAGGUGCACGUUAUUCUGCGGGAUAACGCCAGGAACAUGGAGAAGGCAAUGAGGGACGCGCGUUUACCUAACCUAGCGUGCAUGGCGCACACCCUCCAGCUCGCUGUGCACGAGGGAGUUUUGGCACAGCGUGCCAUCAUUGAUGUCAUCUCAAGUGGAAGACGCAUCGUCGGUCAUUUUAAGCAUUCACAGCUUGCUUACUCCCGACUGUUCAGUAUUCAGAAACAAAUGAAUCCGAACCAGCCUCCAAAGAGGCUACAACAGGACAUACCCACCUGGUGGAAUAGCACUGUUGCCAUGCUAAACAGUUUACUGGAACAGAAGCGUGCCCUAUGUGCGUAUGCAGCUGACUUUGAAUUGCCUUCCACGUUGACCAUCCAUGAGUGGAAAUUGGUGGAGAAUAUGAUUUCAGUGCUUGACCCUUUUGACGAGCUUACAAAAACAAUUAGUUCAUCAACUGCAGCAGCUGCAGAUGUCAUACCCUCCGUCAGAGCUUUAACUCGUCUUCUUGAGAAAACAACAGCGACUGACCACGGUGUGAAGACAGCUAAAGCCACGCUCCUGGAAGCUGUCAAGAGGAGAUUCAGCGACAUUGAAUCUGAGCGCCUGUACACCAUCGCUACACUCCUUGAUCCACGAUAUAAGGACAGAUAUUUCCCCGUCGGACUCAAGCCACAGGUGCGCAGGCUGCUUUCUGAUGUCCUGGCUGCUGCAGUGGAGCAAGAGACCGGUGAGGAGGAGAAUGCGGUAGUGAGUGAGCCCCCACAGAAGGUACCACGAGCUGACUCCUUGCAUGCUAUGCAUGCUGAAGCAACAGCAUGAGGGCGGCGGUGGUAACAUCGGCUCAGCAGCAUCACAGAUUGAUCUCUACCUAUCAGAGCCAGUUAUCCCAAACUGUCACGGACAGCCACUUGCUUUUUGGAAGGCCAAUAAAGACCGCUUUCCUGCUCUCGCACAAGCAGCACGAGUCUUCCUCGCUGCACCUUGUACAAGUGUAGAUAGCGAGCGACUUUUCAGCACAGCAGGAUGUAUUUUAGAUGAGAAGAGGAACAGGUUGACUCCUAAAAAUGCUGAGAUGCUUAUAUUUAUCAAGACAAAUCUGCCAGUGAUGCUGCUUAAUCAGAAGUAAGGUUUGAAUACUCUAGGAUGCCCCCUCUCCGAGGGAGUAAGUUGAGUGAGUUGAGUAUGUGUGUGAGAGUGAGGGAGUGAGACACUAAACAGAUAGAUAUACUUGUUUUGUUGUUUUGUUUAAUUGCUGACUUCCUGUGCACCUUUAAUCUUUAAUCUGUCUGUUAUCUCCUCCUCGAAGCUCCAAGUUCUAUUGAGAGCCUCUAGAGUGGAAUGUUGCACAUGUUAUUCUAUUGUUGUGAUUUUCAUUUAAAGAUUUAUAUUUUUAUUAUUGUUUUAAUAUUUAUUAUUAUUUAAUAUUUAGACAUUUUAUUGUCAGCGAAAGAGCUUUUAUACACUGCAAUGUUGCAUGUUCCCUGCAAUAAAACAGACUGUUGUAAAUUCA